AUGGCAGAGCUGGCGGAGCCGGCCCCCGCACCUACCGGUGGGCCUGAGGCCGACAUAGACGAGCGCUUCGAGUAUGACGCGCCCCGCUUUUACGACUUUGAUGAGGGCAGCCCCACGGGCGCGCCUGCAGCCGACGGCUGGUUUGACACCGACGGUCCAAAAGGCCUGACCACACCGCUGCGUGCCGGCCAGCAAGAUGCUGCCGGUCCCAAACCGCCGCAGGGAGACGCUACUUGCGCCGCUGAGAGCGAGAACGCACAGCACGCAGCGGUGGACGGCAAGGGUGGCAAAGCUCGACAUGAGAAGACGAGCGAGCAGGAAGAGCUGGAGCGGGUGCAACUGGAGAAGCAGGCAGCUGCAGCGCUGAAACGGCGUAACGCAGAAGCUGUGAAGCAUGUGCGGCAGCCGCCGGCACCAGCGGUGGCACACAGCAACCGGCCACUAACAGAGCCACAGCCGCUGGAGCUGUGCACCUCCAAGCGCCGCCGCAUGCAUGGCAUGGAGACGCGGUCCAUGGCCAGUCCCUUCAAAUCGACAGCAGAGCAGAUCGCGGCGUUUGAGGGCCGUCUACCCAGCAAAAGCCGCCUGGCACCAGGCAGUGCUUCUGCCGGGCAGGCCCACGUGGCGCCCAAGCAGCAGCAGCACCUCCCGGGCCAUGGGGGCACCGGUAUGGCGGGCCUGACAGUGCCCAUGUCUCCGCAGUUUGCCACCAAGAGGCGUGUGCGGCCGCCGCGGUUCAAGCCACGAGAGGUGGUGGAGGCGGAGGAGAUGGCGGCUAUGCCCAAGUUCAAGGCCCGCCCAGUGAACAAGCGCAUUUUGAAGGACAAGAGCGGGCAGCUGGGCGUGCCACAGGUUGGCACCAAGCCACCCACGGUGCCCGAGCCCUUUGCACUGAAGACUGACCAGCAGGCACUGGAGCAUGACCCAGCCGGCGGCAGUGCUGCUGCAGCACCCGCUGGCAGCAGCGGCGCAGCGGCAUUUGUGUUUGGGGCGCAGGGGGAGGGCAUGCACGUCGCGCGCAGCAAGGGCUCAAAGAAAAAGGCAGCAUGGACGCAGCUGACGCAGACCGAGCCGUUUGUAUUGGCUACAGAUGCCAGGGGGUGA